GGAACAAUGGAAUCUGUGGCCUGAACCGUAAGGCGCCUUGUCACCACCGCGAACAGUCCGUCUGUUCUUUGGGCACUUGCACCACUAUUCCUACCCCGCACCUGCUAAAAGCCAGUUUCAACUUCUCAAGCUGCAAACCAUCAGGUGUUUGGCUGCUUUCUCUGACAUUCAUCUCCGACUACCGACUCGUCAGUGGCUGAUCCAUCCAAAGAUCACCACUGCCAGUCGAGGUUUGCUUUCUCCCAUCACAAGUUAUCACCUUUCACGAAUCAUGAUAACCACCAACUCUGCCCCUUCAACGAUGGACAACAACACGGCGGCUGAAACCAAGGCGCUGGCGGAGGCCAUGAUUAGAGUAGUCGAACCCCUUAGCCUGACGAGCAUCAUGGACUUCACAUUCAACAUGGUUCUCGGCACCGGGGAUGUCAGUGACGAGCGCAAGAUAAUGGACUACUUCGUCGCGCUUCUCCAGCCCUGGCUGGCUGCCGAAGGGCAGACAUUCGUCGCUGUGGAAGCACGUGGGCAGCCCAACCGUCUCCCGGGUUCGGUCGCAAUGCUCAAGGAAAAAUACAAGACCACGCUCCAGGAGCUCGAGGGCCUGAUCCAGGAGUUCAUAACCGACAAGGCAAGAGAGCAGCCCAACAAGGACAACAAUGUAGUGCGCACCAAGCUCAUGACGUUGCUCUACUGCCCGCUCUUCUGUGCGGUCGUCGACAUGCGCUUUGAAAAGGCCAAAGCCGAGAUCCAGGGAUUGGAUCAGAAGCUCAGACGCAUGCGGAUCGCCGGAGGCGAGUUCCUCUGCUGUCUCUUCCGCUGCGUAGACGGCAAAGACCUGAACCGCUACUUGGACCGUGUGAUGUUCUACGCCUCCGAGUUCAUGACUGCCCUCGUCGAGAUCCGGUUCAUUGAGGGUCGGGACGGCGUCGGAGAUUGGUGGCCGUUGGCCAAUCGAGUCGAGGUACACGGCUGCGGGCUACUCUGGGUGUUGAUCAACCUUCGCUUCUCACGGGAACCCUGCGUGGCACCUAGGAAACAUGGGUACCCUGAGAACUUCACCUGGAGGUGGGGUGAAGAAGAACACGGGAAACUCCUCUUUCACCUCAGCAAUCAGAACAUUACAACGGUGAACAUCUGGUUCGACAUUGGGCCCCAGCACCUCGAGGUCCUCGAUGACCCACCCUACGUACCAGAAUCUCCCUAAUUUUACCGCUGACUGUGUUGGGGCCGCGAGUCUCCAGGAGGAGGAUGGUCUCUCUGAUGGAAAGGGGGUGGACUUGAGCACUGCGGUUUGUAGUAGCUUAGUACCUAGCUAACCAUCUGGCGAUGGAGAGAUACUGCUGUCUCGUCUCGAUGGAGAAAGCAGGUUAACUGGGAACGGGACCAUGGCGCUGGCCUUAACUUUCAUGAACGAUGCUGUAGUGAACCCUUUGUUCUCGACGUGAGUACUAGUAGUAAUGGCCAAUCCUGCAAAAUAGCCCCAGGGUGUGGCCCAUCCAAGCGAUC